AGCGACCCUGGACUGCUAGAUGUGUUGCGAAAAGUGGGGCUCUUGGGCAGUAUGAAAGCUGUGUAAGGGAAAGAACGCACAGGCACCCUAGCAGCUACUCUCCCGAAGUCUGCAGCUCAUUGACAGCGUUAAGGGGUAAUCUAAGAAAAACACCGAAGGAGACUCUUGUUAGACUAGAUUCUAAGAACUUGCUCACAGAGGAGUCUUACACUGUAUCAGAGAAGAUUCAAGAAUGGCUGCAGACAAAGCAGGAGAACAGGGAGCUGAAAAACAUGAGGGCUCUGCUAAUUGCUCAGGCAUAUCUGACCAGGAGAAGGAAUUGUCCAGAAGUGCAUUACAAGCAUUUACAGCUGGUAAUUAUGAAGCCUGCCUACAGCAUCUAGGAGAACUUAAAGAAAUCAACAAAGAUGACUAUAAAGUGAUUCUGAAUGCUGCGGUAGCUGAGUUUUAUAAGAGCGAUAAAACAACAACUGACCUAUUGAAGCAAACACUUAACCAAUUAAGGAACGAGGUAAUAAAAUGUACCGAAACUUCAAAAAAGAAACACUCGGAUGAAAAGGUUCAUUCUGCUGUUGAUGAAAUGGAUAGCUUAGAUGACGUGGAGAACAGUAUGUUGUAUUACAAUCAGGCUGUCAUUUUGUAUUAUCUGCGUCAGCACAUGGAAGCCAUUUCAGUUGGGGAGAAACUUUAUCAGUUUAUUGAACCAUUUGGUAGGCGUAUUUGUCUGAAAACACCUAGAUCGUCGCCCCAAAGCCCUACAGGACGGUUUACACCACACAGACGAGAAGAGAAAUUUGCACAUGCUGUAUGCUUUCUGCUUGUAGAUUUAUAUCUUCUGACAUUCCAAACUGAAAAAGCCUUGCACCUGUUGGUGGUUCUUGAAAAAAUGAUUUUACAGGGGAACAGCAAUAAUAAAAAUGGUAAAAAUAAUGAGACAAACAGCAAUGCUAACAAUAAAGAGCUCUUUGCACAGAAGGGUGAUGGAGGAGUUAAUGUAGAAGCAGCAAAAUCUAAAAUUCAUCAGUAUAAGGUGAGAGCCUACAUUCAAAUGAAGUCUCUAAAAGCAUGUAAGAGGGAAAUAAAGUCUGUGAUGAACACAUCUGGAAAUUCAGCUCCCUCUCUGUUUCUGAAAAGUAAUUUUGAAUACCUCAGAGGCAAUUACCGAAAAGCAGUGAAGCUCUUGAAUUCAUCAAAUAUUGCUGAGUAUCCUGGCUUCAUGAAAACAGGUGAAUGUGUGAGAUGUAUGUUUUGGAAUAAUCUUGGUUGCAUUCACUUUGCCAUGGGAAAGCACAAUCUAGGACUUUUCUACUUCAAAAAGGCUCUCCAUGAAAAUGAUAAUGCAUGUGCACAGUUACCUUCUGAAAACUCUGAUCCAGGGAAGAAAUUUUCAGGCAGACCAAUGUGUACCCUGUUGACCAACAAGCGGUAUGAACUUCUGUAUAAUUGUGGAAUUCAGCUUUUGCAUAUUGGAAGACCUCUUGCAGCUUUUGAGUAUUUGGUAGAAGCCGUACAAGUAUAUCAUUCAAACCCUCGUCUUUGGUUAAGAUUAGCAGAGUGCUGCAUAGCUGCUAACAAAGGUACUUCAGAACAAGAAACUAAAGGUCUACCAAGCAAGAAAGGGAUAGUACAAUCCAUUGUAGGCCAAGGCUAUCACAGGAAAAUUGUUCUAGCUUCUCAGUCAGUACAGAAUCUUCUCUACAAUGAUGGAGAGUCUUCAGCUAUUCCUGUUGCCAGCAUGGAGUUUGCUGCAAUAUGUCUGAGAAAUGCAUUGCUUCUUUUGCCAGAAGACCAGUUGGAAACUAAGCAAGAAAAUGGUUCAAAGGCUAGUAGUCAGACAGUUAAUACAGACUCUAGUGGGGAGAGCAGUGAUGUGUGCAGCAAUAAAAACCACGAGGGGGAUAAAUUCAUUCCAGCUCCACCUUCCUCUCCCCUGAGAAGGCAAGAAGUAGAAAACUUAAGGUGUUCUGUUCUUGCUUGCAUUGCCUAUGUUGCCCUUGCUUUGGGUGAUAACCUCAUGGCACUAAACCAUGCUGAAAAACUUCUACAGCAGCCACGGUUGUCGGGAUCCCUUAAGUUCCUGGGCCAUUUAUAUGCUGCAGAAGCUCUCAUCUCCUUGGACAGGAUUUCGGAUGCCAUCACUCAUCUGAACCCUGAGAAUGUCACAGAUGUGUCUCUAGGGGUCUCUUCCAAUGAGCAGGAGCAAGGUUCUGACAAAGGAGAAAAUGAGCCCAUGGAAUCUGCUGGUAAACAGAUACCUCAGUGUUACCCAAGUUCAGUAACUUCUGCUCGAACAAUGAUGCUGUUUAAUCUUGGGAGUGCUUACUGUUUACGUAGCGAAUAUGACAAAGCACGCAAGUGUCUACACCAGGCUGCCUCCAUGAUCCACCCUAAAGAAAUCCCACCAGAGGCAAUCCUGCUUGCAGUGUAUCUUGAGCUACAGAAUGGCAAUACCCAGCUGGCCUUGCAGAUCAUCAAAAGAAACCAGCUUCUCCCGUCCAUUAGAAUGAUGUCAGAUCUUCGAAAGAAGCCAUUAUUCCAGACAAUGCAUCAGCCAAUGCAGCCGAUUCAGAUGCCAGCUUUUGCUGCUGCUCAGAGAAAAUGAGAAAUGGUUGUCCAGGGACUUUAGAGAAAUGGCCUCAAACCAUUCAACUCAAAUACUCUGUGACCUAUUCAGUCUCUUCUUAACCACAAUAACACACAUAAUGUAAAAUGGAUCACAUUUGGGUUUUUUUUUUGGAAAUUAAAGGAUUAUGUGCCGGUUUCAUCUCCAGAUUAUAACCAACUGGCCUUUCUGCGACGUGUGAAGUAUAAGUAAGAAAUCAUGCCCUUGGUUUUAUAAAUGCUAUAAUGAACGGAAGAAGACUUUUAUACCAGAAAAUAUGUAUAUAUUCAGAUUAGGGUAACACUGGUAUAGUAAAAGUAUUUUCCUGCUCGUAUGUGUAGUGUGAUGGUUGGAGAUAGAAAUGUUGAUGGUGGGCAAUGUUCUCUCUAAGAUGUGCGCAUGCACACAAAUUUUGAGGUCAGCGCACACGGAAUUUUGUGUGAAAAUAUAUUUUGUAUACAUUUUUACCUGAGUACACAGUUUUGUAAAAACUGCACACACAAGUUUUUAAUGCGCACACAAAAUAAUAUUUUUUGUGCACAUUGCUGAGAAGGAAUUAGAGGGAACAUUGACGGUGGGUAUAUGAUGUGUGUGGGAGCAGUGUAACUGCCUAGUUUCUAUGUACCACUUAUUUACACAGAAUUUAAAGACCUCAAUAUAGGGAUUGGGAGGCAAAUAAUAAUAAUAAAAGCCUCUUGCAGGGAUUUGACAUUCAGGUAUUAUAAUUUGCAAAUUAUUUUGAAAAUCUUUUUUUACUCUGCACCAUCUAACAAAUCAUCAUUGACCAUGGAGGAGAAAGGAUGUGCAGACAACUCCAAAAAUCGAAUUAAACAAAAAGAACUACCAGAAGAGUUAUAUUAUGUCGCACCAUCCAUAUGCCAUAUUGUACUAUGUUCAAAAGGAGACGAGAAAUAGUGAAAUAAUUCUGGUAAGAGAAAAGUUCAUUGUGCAUAAUUUUCUUAAAUUCAUUUACAUCAAAUUAGGUGGAACAUUCAUUUAGCUGUUUUUGUGAUGAAUUCAAUAAAUAUAAAGUGCUUUUCAAUUA